AUGUUUGCUUUCGUGUUCAGUAACUUGGCGUUACGAAGCUUGUUGCUCGCAUACACCGUACCAUGGAGCACUUCAAAUAUCUCAGGGUACUACCGACUGACCUUGUAUCUACUCACGGUCGCGGGUGUGGUCUUCCGCUCGGAGCUAGCAAUCUUAGUGGGAACAAUCACCAUCUAUCUGUUCAUCACACGAAGGAUCUCGAUCACAAAUGUCAUCAUCCCAGCUGGAAUUGGUGGCCUCAUCAUUGGGCUCCUCUGCACCGUGCCUUUGGAUUCCUUCUUCUGGCAGUCUUUCCCGCUUUGGCCCGAAUGGACGGGCUUCUAUUACAACACCAUCCAAGGACAUUCGGCUGAUUGGGGCGUAUCACCAUGGCAUUAUUACUUUGCAAAUGCACUGCCACGACUACUACUGAACCCAGCGACGUUUUUGCUUUGCAUUCCAGUUGCAAUCAUGAACACAUCGACGUCCAGGCGAAGCUUGGAUCUGCUCGUUCCACUACUUAGUUUUGUGGCACUUUACAGCUUCCUUCCGCACAAAGAAUGGCGCUUUAUUCUCUACGUAAUACCGGGUCUAACUGCAGUGGCUGCAGACGGAGCAGCUUGGAUCUGGACCCGCAGAUCAAAAUCCUUUGUAUACGCCACUCUGAGCUUGGCCUUGCUAGGAUCAGUUUUGGUAUCAUUCGCUGCAUCUACUGCGAUAUUGGGUAUCUCCAGCCUCAACUAUCCCGGAGGCGAAGCUCUUCAUACCCUACACAAAGAGACGGGACAUCCGGACAGAAACCACUUUAGCGUGUACUUCGAUAAUCUAGCUUGCCAAACAGGCGUCACACGUUUUCUAGAGAGCCACAGAGGACCCCAGACGGUACUUGAUGUUCUUGAAGCACGGGAUACACUGAAUAGCAGAACAUGGACAUACGACAAGACCGAAGACCCAGACGCACUUCUAGACCCAAUGUUCUGGACCAAGUUUGACUAUGUUCUUGCUGAGAGACCAGAGAAGGUGAUUGGUAGUUGGGAGGUAGUUCAUACUGUGUAUGGAUUUGGCGGAGUCAGACUUCUGAAGCCAGGAGAAGAGAGCGGCUUGCUGGUCGAGUAUUCGGAUACAACAGAAGAAAAGGUCACAUCGCAAGACAAGUGGGCUUCCAAGGUUGCAGCGACAUGGCAUGGAUUGGAAAAGCUAUUAAGGAAUGGCCUAUUGCGAGGAUACUGGGCUGAGAUUCGGAUGGAGCCAAAGAUCCAUAUCUUGCAGAACCAGUUGAAAUAG